CUGCUUCCCAACGCCGACCGCACCUGCUGCCCUGUCGUCCGCCCUCCUUCCCUUCUCCUCCCCUCCAACUGUUUCCUCAACCUCCCGACCCAACCACGGCCGUGCCCGCCAAGGCGCCAACCGCACAGCAGCAGCUGGGGUGCUGACGUGCUGUGGGUGGUUCUGUUGUCCAUGGCGCGGAAGCAUCAGCAUGUUGCCAUAUUUACCACAGCGUGCCUGCCGUGGAUGACUGGGACUGCGGUAAACCCACUGUUUCGGGCUGCAUACCUUGCCAAGGCUGGAGAUUGGGAGGUCACGCUGGUGGUGCCUUGGCUGUCCAAGGGGGAUCAGGAGCUCGUUUAUCCAAACAAGAUGAGGUUCAGUUUGCCGGCAGAGCAGGAAAACUAUGUGCGGCGGUGGCUUGAGGAACGGACUGGGCUGUUGCCGAAGUUUGACAUAAAGUUCUAUCCUGGGAAGUUUUCAACUGAGAAAAGAAGUAUUCUACCUGUUGGAGACAUCAGUCAGACAAUAUCUGAUGAUAAAGCGGAUAUUGCAGUGCUAGAAGAGCCAGAACAUCUUACUUGGUACCACCAUGGGCGGAGGUGGAAAAGCAAGUUCCAAAAAGUUAUAGGUGUUGUUCACACAAACUAUUUGGAAUACGUGAAAAGAGAGAAAAAUGGAUACAUUAGUGCGUUUAUCUUAAAACACAUUAAUUCUUGGGUUACAGACAUCUAUUGUCAUAAGGUUAUAAGAUUGUCUGCAGCAACUCAGGAUGUUCCAAGGUCUGUGAUUUGUAAUGUUCAUGGAGUUAACCCCAAAUUUAUUGAGAUUGGCAAAUUGAAACAUCAGCAGCUAUGCCAAAGAGAGCAAGCAUUCUUCAAGGGUGCAUAUUAUAUCGGAAAGAUGGUAUGGAGUAAAGGUUACACAGAGCUUCUUCAGCUUCUUCAUAAGCACCAAAUGGAAUUGUCUGGCCUUAAAAUGGAGUUGUAUGGCAGUGGGGAAGAUGCUGAUGAAGUAAAGGCAUCAGCUGAGCGACUGAGCUUAGAUAUUAGAGUCUAUCCAGGCCGUGAUCAUGGAGAUUCAAUAUUUCACGACUACAAGGUCUUCAUAAACCCAAGUACAACUGAUGUGGUAUGCACAACAACUGCAGAAGCUUUGGCAAUGGGGAAGAUUGUGAUCUGUGCAAACCAUCCUUCAAAUGUUUUUUUCAAAAGAUUUCCUAAUUGUCACAUGUACAAUACUGAUGAAGAGUUUGUGAGACUAACAAUGAAAGCUUUGGCAGAAGAACCUAUCCCACUGUCAGAUGAUUUGCGGCAUGAACUUUCCUGGGAGGCAGCAACAGAAAGAUUUAUUAGGGUUGCUGAUAUUGCACCAACUGUGCCUGUGGGACAACCACCACCCUCCUCACAGCAUUUCAUGCGCAUCUCCCCAGAUGAACUGCAGAAGAACAUGGAAGAGGCAUCGGCAUUUUUCCAUAAUACAAUCUCUGGGUUUGAAGCUGUGCGUUGUGUGUUCGGUGCAAUACCAAACACACUGCAGCCGGAUGAACAGCAAUGCAAGGAACUUGGGUGGAAUUUGCAGGGAUAGCAUUAGCUUUUCUUGCGAUGCUGUUGCCAUGGACCAUAGAAUGAACCAGUCUAACUCAACGGCAAAAAGAUGUGUCGCUCGGAGAGGUUCUCAGAUUGAUCAAACAUACAUUCUAUGUGGUGUUCUGGUGUGGCGGCACUGCAUUUUUUCUUCAUAUAUCAAAGGCGUUCUGAAGUUCCUGGAUGCAUCGUAUCUUCUGAUUGUUAAUCUUAAGCAGUCUGAAGUGCACACUAGUAUUACAGUCUCAUAUAUGUGGACUGUUUUUCAUCGUGUUGUUUCCCAGGAUUGACGCGUGUGUUGAAAAUCUUAUUGUAUAAUAAUAUGCCCCUUGUUUUCGCAGCC